AUGUCAACAGAGGAAUAUCCUGAAGAUAAAGACGACAUGUCUGAUGAUGGGAUGGAGUUUGAGAAGUUCUUUGAUGGGCUUCGAUCAAACCUGCCCACAUAUUUUUUUGGUAGCAGACAUGGGAGGCUGUUACAGAAGAGAAUGAAAGUAGAGGCAAAUCUUUCAUGCGAAGACCAACGGGCCUUGUUUGUUGAACCGAAUGGCGAAGAGGAGAUUCUCCACCGGGAAGUAUGGGUCGGGGGAAAUCCCAAGGAAGUGCAAGAAGCAUAA